AUUACUAAAUUAAUAAUAUAAUAUUUAAUUAUAAAAUCUUUAAAUUACAUACAUAAAAUGGUGUAAUACUAAAAUUUUUAAUAUAAUUGUGAAUAUUUUAUAUUAUUCAUUAGAUGAAAGAAAUGUUCAAAUGGUCCUUACUAUUACCACUACAAUACUCAAAUACAGUUACAAUUAAUGAAGUAGAAUUAUCACUAUAAUGUCUUGUAACUAUGCAGACGGAUUGUCGCCUUAUGAACACAAAGGUAUCUUGGGCAUCCCGGAGAAAUUUGAGUCAAUUGAUAAAUUCAACAAAAAAUGUGAAUUGCUUGCACAAUUAAUCAGCAAGAGUAAACAUGUAGUAGUGCAUACAGGAGCAGGGAUCAGCACUUCUGCUGGUAUACCUGAUUUCAGAGGCCCGAAUGGAGUAUGGACUUUGGAAAAGGAGGGCAAAAGACCCACCACAGAUAUAUCUUUUGCUGAUGCCAAACCAACCAAAACACAUAUGAUUCUAAAAAAGUUAGUGGAAUGUAAUAAGGUCCACUACAUUGUAAGUCAGAAUAUUGAUGGUCUGCAUUUAAAAUCAGGACUUCCUAGAAAAUUCUUAGCUGAGUUGCAUGGGAACAUGUUUGUUGAUGAAUGUAAUGUCUGUAAGAGACAAUUUGUCCGCAGCCGUCCAGUAGAAACAGUGGGGAAGAAGUGUAGUGGUGUACCUUGUGCAGCUGAGCAUAUUGGGGGGCGGCCGUGUCGAGGCCGAUUGUACGACGGCGUCUUAGAUUGGGAGCACAGUUUACCGGAAAAUGAUCUAGUUAUGGCAGAAUGGCAUUCUAGCAUUGCAGAUUUGAGCAUAUGUUUAGGGACAACACUUCAAAUAAUUCCAAGUGGCAACCUACCAUUACAAACGGUUAAAUAUGGAGGUCAACUAGUUAUUUGCAACUUGCAGCCCACAAAACAUGACAAUAAAUCAGAUUUAGUUAUAAAUUAUUAUGUUGAUGAUAUUUUGGAAAGAGUUAUGAAUUUAUUGGGUAUUGAUAUACCAACAUACUGUGAAGCUGAUAAUUUAUGUAUCCAAGCUGAAUCAUGUGUCAUAGACUGGACAAUAGAGAGAAAAGAAGUGUUGGCCCUUGAAAAAAUAUAUAAAGCAAAAUGUAAAGGUGUAAAGAAGAAAAAGCUUUUAAUAAAAAAUAAGAGGAACAAUGCAGAACUUGUUUCAGGAAAUCAUUUGGAAAAUAUUGAAGUUAAAUCAAAAGUUAUAAAACUCGAAAUAAAGAAUGAAAAUGUGGUUGAUGAAGAUAUUAUUAAUAAUGAAAUACAGACAGAUAUCUUAGAAGAACAUAAUGUUAUAAAAAAUGAACAGAAUGUCAACAGUGACAUUGUCAUUCUUGUGUAAUAAUAUUUAGUGGUACUGAAAUAAAUUCGCUUUUCAAUAUGGAUCUCAAUAAAAUAAACUCAUUUGUAUUAGUUUUAUAUUAUAAAAGUAAAAACGAUUGACAUAAUAGUAUUGUAAACUUU